AAUUGGCUAUAGUCAUCAAAAAUGUUCCUCCUUCGUUCUAAUUCCCUCCGAACCAAGCUUCCGCAACGAAAAGUCUUUCAACACCUGUGUCGUCAACUCGCGUCCAGCCAUCGCGAGAUCCCUGCCCUUACGAAAGAACGCUACCCGGUGAAACGUGGUCAAUUUGACGAAGUGAGCGACAGUGAUGUAGCAAAGUUUGAAUCGAUCCUUGGUGGCAGCAGCCGAGUGCUGACGCAAGCGGAGGACAUUCAAGGAUACAACAUCGACUACAUGGGGAGCGUCCGGGGCUAUAGCCGGGUGGUUCUGAAACCGAAGAGUACCGAAGAAGUUUCGGAGAUAUUGAAGUACUGCAAUGAGCGAAAAUUGGCUGUGUGCCCACAGGGAGGAAACACUGGACUGGUUGGUGGAUCGGUUCCGGUCUUUGAUGAGGUUGUGUUGUCACUUUCGCUGAUGGAUAAAAUUGAAAAGAUUGAUGAGUACUCGGGGAUCCUGGUGUGCCAAGCUGGAUGCGUUUUGGGCAGUUUGGAAGAUAAGGUUAACGAAAAAGGACUAGUUAUGCCACUAGAUUUGGGUGCCAAGGGAUCGUGUCACAUUGGAGGAAAUGUAUCGACGAAUGCCGGUGGACUGCGAUUGGUUCGCUAUGGAAACCUUCACGGAUCGGUGCUUGGCGUUGAAGCUGUCACAGCAGAAGGCCGUAUAAUGGAUCUGAUGUCCGAUUUCAAGAAAGACAAUACGGGUUACCAUCUGAAACAUCUCUUCAUAGGUUCUGAAGGAACCUUGGGAAUCAUAACAAAACUGUCGAUUUUCUGCCCAACGGCUUCGAAAUCAGUGAACGUGGCUUUCCUUGGCUUGGAAAACUACGAUGCCGUUAAGAAUACGUUCCUGUCAGCCAAAAGGGGAUUGGGAGAAAUUUUAUCGUCGUGUGAAAUGAUCGAUGCGGGAUCUCUAGAGAGCAGUACCUACCAUUUCAAUCUUCAAUCACCAAUCGAAAAAUACCCGUUCUACAUGUUGAUUGAGACUUCCGGAAGCAACAUGGUUCACGACGAAGAGAAACUUACAAAUUUCCUGGAAAGCUCUAUGGAGAACGGACUUGUUCUGGAUGGAACUGUUACCAAUGAGCCAACCAAAAUGAGAAACAUCUGGAAACUCCGCGAACUGAUUGCCGACAGUCUCAUCAACGAUGGCUACUGUUUCAAGUACGAUAUCUCGCUCCCACUGGACAACUUCUACGACAUAGUCCUAGCGACUCGGGAACGAGUCGGAUCGCUGGCCACCAAGGUGACCGGCUACGGUCACAUCGGAGACUCCAACCUUCACCUGAACGUGUCCUGUCCGAAGUUUACACCGGAAAUCUACAAACUGCUCGAACCGUUUGUGUACGAGUACACGUCCAAGGUGCGAGGAAGUGUCAGCGCCGAACAUGGCAUCGGGUUCCUAAAGACAAAAUAUUUGAAAUAUUCGAAGCGUCCGGAAUCGUUGAUGCUAAUGCAACAGAUGAAGCAAAUGAUGGACCCCAAUGGAAUAUUGAAUCCGUACAAAGUACUACCUCAGAUUUAAUGUUUUUAUAGU